GAAUAUUUCGCAUCCGGAAGUUUCGUUUUCAGUCUGAGGUCUAUAUUUCAGCGGCGCUCUCCAGAUCUUGAUGCUUUUUCUCGUUGACGGUGGUAGCAGGUUAGUUUACUGGAUCAAUUCACUCUGCACUCUUUAAUCCUUCACUCCUCUUUAACCAACGGUAUGGCGGAACCACCUUAUAAAGACUAAAUAGUCUUGAUCAGACGGAGAAUCAAAUUUCGUGGAUGCCAGAAUUUGGAAACUGAAAAAAGUUAGUAGAAACAGGGGGCAAGAUGGGCUGCAUGAAAUCCAAGGAGCCACUGGAACAGGAGAAGAAAAGCAAAGAUCUAGAUGGAAACGCAAGCAAAGCCAACACACAGUACCCUCACUAUGUGGAGGACCCAACAUCACAUAAGAAAUCCAGUGCUCCCACUGGAGACGAUGGAGGGACCGCAGCCAUUGCUUUGUAUGACUAUGAGCCAAUCCAUGAUGGAGACCUGGGAUUCAAGAAGGGAGACAAGCUGAGCAUUCUGGAGGAGUCAGGGGAGUGGUGGAUGGCUAAACUGAUUACCUCAGGAAAAGAGGGCUACAUCCCCUGUAACUAUGUGGCCAAAGACAGCUUGCAGACUGAAGAGUGGUUUUUCAAAGGACUGAGCCGGAAAGAUGCGGAACGCCUACUGUUGGUGACGGACAAUCCCGUUGGUGCCUACUUGAUCCGAGAUAGUGAGACCACCAAAGGCAGCUACUCACUGUCGGUAAAAGACUACGAUGCCCAGUCUGGGAACUCCGUCAAGCAUUACAAAAUCCGCACCCUGGACAAUGGAGGCUUCUACAUCUCUCCUCGGAUCACAUUUGCUACCUUGCAGGACUUGGUCACCCACUACAAAAAACAAGGUGACGGACUCUGCCAGCCCCUCAAAAGCGCUUGCAUAAGCUUGAAGCCUGAGAAGCCCUGGGAGAAGGAUGCCUGGGAAGUCCCCCGCGAAUCCCUGAAGCUGGACAAGCGGUUGGGUGCCGGCCAGUUUGGGGAAGUCUGGAUGGCCACCUACAACAAACACACCAAAGUUGCUGUGAAGACCAUGAAGCCGGGAAGUAUGUCAUUAGAGGCCUUCAUGGCUGAGGCCAACCUGAUGAAGACUCUGCAGCAUGACAAGCUGGUACGACUGAAUGCUGUGGUGACCAAGGAGGAGCCCAUUUAUAUCAUCACAGAGUUCAUGGAAAAAGGCAACUUAUUAGAUUUCCUGAAGAGCAGCGAGGGGAACGCUAUUCAGCUUCCAAAGCUCAUCGACUUCACAGCCCAGAUUGCAGAGGGCAUGGCUUACAUCGAAAGGAGGAAUUACAUCCACAGGGACCUGCGUGCUGCCAACAUCCUGGUCAGUAAGGCUCUGGUCUGCAAGAUUGCAGACUUUGGUCUGGCACGUGUCAUUGAGGACAACGAGUACACUGCCCAGGAGGGUGCCAAGUUCCCCAUCAAAUGGACUGCCCCAGAGGCCAUUAACUUCGGCACCUUCACCAUUAAGUCCGAUGUCUGGUCCUUUGGAAUCCUGCUGACUGAGAUCAUCACCUAUGGCCGCACACCAUAUCCAGGAAUGUCAAACCCGGAGGUCAUCCGCCUCCUGGAAAAGGGCUAUCGCAUGCCACGUACAGACAGCUGCCCCCCCGAGCUGUAUGACAUCAUGAUGAUGUGCUGGAAGAACAAAGCCGAAGACAGGCCCACCUUCGAGUAUCUGCAGAGCGUGCUGGAGGACUUCUACACGGCCACGGAGAGCCAGUACCAGCAGCAGCCUUGAGAGACACACACAUUCUCUCGCAGACACAGGCCCCAGUGAACACUGCUAAUGUACAUGCAUGCACACAUCCACAUAUAACCAACUUUAACUCAUACCCAGACAGGCAAGGUUAAUGUCCAUACAGGACAUAUCAGUCUUUAAAGUCACCUGUCAUUAUAACUGAAACUCCAGGAGAGCAGGGUUUCCAGCUUCGGUCAGCUGGCUGCCAUGAGAUUUUCAAUUCGACACAAAUCUACACGCAGAUUUAUUUGUAUGUAAAUGUUUUAUUACUUUGUACAUAGUUUGUAGGUUUUGCAAACAGCCCAUAACGCUUAGGAUGUAGCUACCCCACAACCCUGAACAGAAUAAGUUGUUACAGAAAAAGGAUGGAUGGGACAAGUAAUAAUCAUCCAUUAAUAAUAGAAUAAUAUUGCUGGAGGGUGACACUCUUUCAAAGAUGGAUGGAUGGAUAUUACUUGACUUAUUUAAAUUCAUAACCAAUUUGAAAGGGUAUGACAGCAGACAUUGUUCUGAAGAAUUUACCAUUAUUUCCCUUAUAUAUUAAAAGUCUUAAAUGUUGGUCGGCUGGCAUUUCAAUGUCUAAAGACUUCUGUAUCACCAUAAUACCGUAAAAAAUUGUAGCUCAUCCUUAAUUGCAUACGCAGUACAGAAUCGCGUUGGAUUGUGCUUAAUCAAACAGCCAGACCUUUUGAUUUUCUUUAGAGCCACACGUAGGAAAAUCCGUCAAGCUUGUCUAACCUGCCUACGUCUAACAGUAACGUUUCAGCUCCCUUCAUUUUCCCAGUGUGCCAAAAGAGGGCGAUAUACACGAAGUACAUCACCAGCACGCAUGUCUCCGGAUUGAACUUAAUUGUGAUGCAGAGUUUUAGAACCGAAUCUAUCUAAAAUCAAACUUUAAAUAAAGCAGAGUCACUUUGUUUUAUAUAGUAACUAACAUAUUAUGAAGUCUAAUGUAUUGUGGAGUUCUCGCAAUUGUCUUAUAGAUAUUGUCUUUGUUCUGUUAUAUAUUUUGUCUAUUCAUUGCACAUUGGCUGGAAACAAAUGUUCGAUAUUUUUGGAAACGUUUUUCAAAUGUAUGGACAAAGUGUUUAAAUACAAACGGUAUUUUGUCUUGACGUGUAACAAAACCAUUUCGGAGAUAAGUACAAUUAUUAAAAAAUGAUAUGCUAUUUUUGAAACAGUUUAUAAAGAUUAAUGGCAAAACUGACUUAUUAUUUGGUCGGUAUAAUUUGCACAUUUUACAUUUUAUAUUUCAUUGUCACACUUAUGUAUUUAUUGAAUGCCAAGGAUAGAUGUGUGAUUUUGGUAUUGACAUAGAAUAACAUAUUAAAGUUUUUAACUGCAGUUUGAACUCCCAAUAACUAAUGUACCAGCUAAUCUUCCGAUUUUAGUUUGCAGAAGUCUUCGUGUUGUGCUUUGCAACUGGAUGUAAUCAUAAAAUAAACUUUCACCAAUGUCGGCGUAAA